AUGGGUCUGCUGAUGUUGCUACGGAGGCUAUACUCUCUGGACACCCUCGACACUCGUUUUACAGCCUCUGCAACAGCGCCGCUGGGCGCAGCAAACUCGAACCAGCAUGCAGGAGAAACCAGGCAGACGAAAAACAGUACUGCUACAUCACAAUGGAAUACGCCCGAGUUUUACGCCUACUAUGUUGUUUUUCUUCUCGCAGUUCCUUUGAUGUUCAAAAGCGCAAUUGACGUCUCUAAAGAGUCUCACCCUUCUUACUCUAAGUAUUCUGCACGCCUUUCUACGGGCUGGAUACCCGGCCGUAAGGUGGACAAUUCGGAUUUGCAGUAUGCGAGUUUUCGGGAUAAUAUUCCAUAUAUGGCGCUGUUGCUUGUGAUACAUCCUUUACUUCGCCGGGUUUGCGCCUACUUUUGGCCUAUGGUGUCGGCGGAAUCUUCCCUGGUAGCGCCUGACAAGAGCCAUUCUGGAUCUGGUUUUACAUCGCUUGUUGCUGCAACCGCUCGUUUUGAACAACGGGUUUCGUUCGAUUAUUGGUUUGCGCUGUUAUUUUUGGUAGCACUGCAUGGGUUUUCGGCCUUCAAGGUCUUAGGAAUACUAAUGGUUAAUUAUGCCAUGAUAAGACGACUCCCAAGAGUUUAUAUACCGGCAUCGACGUGGAUGUUUAAUAUCGGCAUAUUAUUUGCAAACGAACUUUUGCAUGGAUAUAAAUACGCGAGUAUUACGUCUUUCGUCGUUUCUUUGCUUGGUCUCGGCAAGGAAAGUGGUCUCGUGACCUGGGGUGAAUGGCUUGACAGCUGGGGAGGCCUCGUUUCACGAUGGGAGGUGCUUUUCAAUAUUACGGUUCUUCGCCUGAUCAGCUUCAACCUGGAUUAUUACUGGAGUUUGGAUUUUCGUGCUGGAAGCCCGGUUGAGAAGAAGCAACUCGAUCCCUCAAACCUGUCGGAACGCGACCGGAUAGCUACUCCUGCGAAACAAGCGUAUUUCAACGUGAGGAAUUACUUAGCAUAUGCGCUAUAUUCGCCUCUUUACCUUGCUGGCCCCAUAGUUACUUUUAACGAUUAUGUGCACCAACAACAAUAUCGUCCUCCUUCAGUCUCGAGAAGCCGCACCUUACUUUAUGGAAUUCGUUUCCUUCUCACAUUACUCUGCAUGGAGUUGAUACUCCACUAUAUUUACGUUGUCGCAAUAUCCAAAUCGUCACCGAACUGGUCCAUUUAUACCCCUUUUCAACUCAGUAUGCUAGGGUACUUCAACCUCCACAUUAUUUGGCUGAAGCUGCUUAUUCCCUGGCGAUUCUUCCGUCUAUGGGCUUUAAUUGACGGAAUCGAUCCACCAGAGAACAUGGUACGAUGCAUGUCUGAUAAUUAUUCUGCACUCGCCUUCUGGCGUAGUUGGCACAGGUCGUUCAAUCGAUGGGUGGUACGGUAUUUAUAUGUUCCACUCGGAGGUAGUCGAAAUGAACAAGGCCAGAACACGCUGUCCUCCAAGGUUCGCGGAAUUUUCAAUUUCCUUGUUGUUUUUACGUUCGUUGCGCUCUGGCACGAUAUAAAUCUUCGCCUUCUGAUGUGGGGAUGGCUCGUUACGCUCUUUGUACUUCCUGAGAUAAUCGCCAGCAUGCUGUUCCCGGCACAUAAAUGGCGCUCGGAACCAACGAAGUAUCGUAUUAUAUGUGGAAUUGGCGCAGUUGGAAAUAUCUUAAUGAUGAUGGCGGCAAAUUUGGUUGGAUUUGCGUUGGGGUUAGACGGUUUGCAAGGCUUACUGAGUGGGAUUUUGGGAUCGUAUGCAGGCGUGGCGUAUUUGAUGGGAGCUUGCUCGGCUGUGUUUGUCGCAGUUCAAGUUAUGUUCGAGAUUCGCGAGGGAGAGUUGCGCGCAGGCAUCAGGUUGAAGUGCUGA